CCUCACACACACUCUCUCUCCCAAACCCAUCUAUAAAUGGUUAGUUGGAGUCUCUGAAGAAAGGUAGCUAGAUUAGAUAGAUACAGGGGACCCCAUUUCUCUCCACUCUGCAACAUGCACAUCAAUUCUUCUUCCAACACUUAACCUCUAUCUCUCUCCCUCUCUCAGACACAAAACACAAGGCCUCAUAUUCAGUGCUUGAGUUGGGGUUGCCUGUGCACACUAAGCAUGCCGACGACACCAACAAGAAGUCAGUACUCGAAGAGAGAUGCUAACAGAGGAGCAUGGACUUCUGAAGAAGACCGAAAGCUAGCUCAAGUAAUAGAAACCCAUGGCCCAAGAAGGUGGAAGCUAGUUGCAGCUAAAGCAGGCCUCAAUAGAUGUGGGAAGAGUUGCAGAUUAAGAUGGCUGAAUUAUCUGAGACCCAAUAUCAAGAGAGGCAACAUCUCAGACCAAGAAGAGGACUUGAUUUUCAGGCUUCACAAACUCCUAGGAAACAGGUGGUCCUUAAUCGCUGGAAGGCUGCCAGGUCGGACAGAUAACGAGAUCAAGAACUAUUGGAACUCUCGUUUGAGCAAAAAGAUAAAGCAGAAGGAGUACCAAAGCAAAUUGCUCCAGCCGGAUCAAUCUCAGGACAUGAGGAAUAAUGCGACGGCGAUGCAUAGUACGGCGGGCAACGAUGGAGGUACAUCAAAGAGAGAGGAAGAGAUGAAAACCGACUUCUCUAGGGUUGACUUCCUUGAUAGCUUCGAUGAGGGUCCUCUCAACUUGGAAUGGAUGAGCACAUUUUUGGAAAUGGAUGAGAGUUGGUUUUGAUUUGCCAAAACUGUAGAUUUUCUUCUUUUCCCCCCAAUUUAUGAUAAGCAAUGAUUGGGCAGUCCAACAUUUAGAUUCUACCACCCCAUAAUGGAAUGGUAUUUUUCAGGCA